AGGGAAGCCAACCUGAGCAAACACAGCAGCCUGAGUGUUCCCAAAGCCAAAAUGCUGGGAAGGUCCAUUCCUAGUCUGCGAGAUGGUCUGAGCUGCCGGGGCCCCUGGCUCUCUUCAGGUAGUUUCUGCUUCUGCCUCACAUUCUUACUGGGCCAGAUGGGCUUGCUACAGGGACACCCCCAGUGCCUGGAUUACAAGCCUCCCUUCCAGCCUCCCCUGCACCUGGAAUUUUGCUCUGACUAUGAGUCCUUUGGCUGCUGUGACCAGUACAAGGACCGCCGCAUUGCUGCCCGAUACUGGGACAUCAUGGAAUACUUUGAUCUGAAGAGCCAUGAGCUGUGUGGAGGUUACAUUAAAGACAUCCUUUGUCAGGAGUGCUCGCCCUACGCAGCCCACCUCUACGAUGCUGAGAACCCUCACACACCCCUCCGGAACCUUCCUGGUCUCUGCUCUGACUACUGCUCUGCAUUCCAUUCUAGUUGCCACUCUGCUAUCUCCCUGUUGACCAAUGACCGUGGCCUCCAGGAGUUCCAAGGAAAGGAUGGUGCCCGUUUUUGCCACCUCCUUAACCUUCCUGACAAGGACUAUUGCUUCCCCAAUGUCCUGAGAAAUGACUAUCUCAACCGCAACUUGGGUGUGGUGGCCAAGGACCAUCAGGGCUGCCUGCAACUCUGCCUGACUGAGGUGGCCAAUGGGCUGAGGAACCCCGUCUCUAUGGUCCAUGCUGGAGAUGGCACCCAUCGCUUCUUUGUUGCUGAGCAGAUAGGAGUUGUGUGGGUCUAUCUCCCGGAUGGGAGUCGCCUGGAACAACCCUUCUUGGACCUCAAGAACAUCGUGUUGACCACUCCAUGGAUUGGGGAUGAGAGAGGCUUCUUGGGCUUGGCUUUCCACCCCAAAUUCCACCACAAUCGCAAGUUCUAUAUUUAUUAUUCAUGCCUGGGCAAGAAGAAGGUAGAAAAGAUCCGGAUUAGUGAGAUGAAGGUUUCUCGGGCUGAUCCCAACAAAGCUGACCUGAAAUCAGAGAGGGUCAUCAUGGAGAUAGAAGAACCAGCCUCAAAUCAUAAUGGUGGACAACUUCUUUUUGGCCUGGAUGGCUUUAUGUACAUAUUUACUGGAGAUGGCGGACAAGCUGGGGACCCCUUUGGCACAUUUGGGAAUGCUCAGAACAAAAGUUCCCUGCUGGGUAAAGUGUUAAGGAUCGAUGUGAAUGGAGCAGGCUCAGAUGGCAAGCGGUACCGAGUCCCUUUGGACAAUCCGUUUGUUUCUGAACCAGGGACCCAUCCUGCCAUCUAUGCCUAUGGGAUUAGAAACAUGUGGCGCUGUGCCGUGGACCGAGGAGACCCCGCCACACGCGAGGGUCGAGGCCGGAUAUUCUGUGGGGACGUGGGCCAGAACAGGUUUGAAGAAGUUGACCUCAUCAUCAAAGGAGGGAACUAUGGCUGGAGGGCAAAGGAAGGGUUUGAAUGUUAUGACAAAAAACUUUGUCACAAUGCCUCUUUGGAUGACAUUCUGCCAAUCUAUGCUUACGGCCAUGCGGUGGGGAAGUCAGUCACUGGAGGUUAUGUCUACCGUGGGUGUGAAUCUCCAAAUCUCAAUGGCCUCUACAUCUUUGGAGACUUUAUGAGUGGUCAACUUAUGGCUUUGCAGGAAGAUAGAAAAACCAAGAAAUGGAAGAAGCAGGACAUUUGCCUGGGCAGCACGACUUCCUGUGCCUUCCCAGGGCUAAUCAGCACCUAUAGCAAGUUCAUCAUCUCCUUUGCUGAAGAUGAGGCAGGGGAGCUGUAUUUCCUGGCCACCUCUUACCCAAGUGCCUAUGCACCACAUGGAUCUAUUUACAAAUUUGUUGACCCUUCACGGAGAGCGCCCCCAGGCAAGUGCAAAUACAAGUCAGUGCGGGUGAAAACCAAGAGUAAGAGGAUCCAGUUCAGGCCACUCACCAAGACAGUCCUGGACUUGCUGAAGGAGCAAUCAGAGAAAGCGGCUAGAAAAUUGUCCAAUGCAACUUUGGCUUCUGGCCCAGGCCUGGCUUUGUCUCAGCAAGGCUCCUCCAAGAAGCUGGCUUCUCCCACAAGCAGCAAGAAAAACUUUCAAGGUCCUGGUACAAAGAAGAAAGCCAGGGUGGGGUCCCCAGGCCCCCGGGGGAAGAGGAGGAAGGGCCUGAAAAGACACAGGGGCCAGAUGAAGCAGUCAGCAGGGCAGAGGCGUACUGGCAGAAGUUUCCCUUGAUCUCUUGGUCAAGGGGGUCAAUAGGGUGAUGAGAGAGUGGAGAACCGUCUUGCCAAAUGGAAGCCACUGCUGAAUGUGGACCUUAGAUGUUCAGGAAGCUAAGGUGGAGGUGGGGCGGGCAGAGUACUUGACUCAGGGCCUGUGUGGUUUUCCUCUCCUGGCAAAUCUCUCUAUCUCUUGAAUGAACAAAUGCACCUUGUCUGUAUGCAGCGCUUCUGCAAGGAGACAAUGUCGCACAUUGCCAGUGCACGGGGGUUCUCGUGUGCAUUAGACUGUAACCUGCCUGGACUCCUACUGGAUGUCUCCAUUUUGUUUUGUAAAUGCCUAUGACUUGAGUAAUAAAUGAAAGUUUCCUCAAA